GUGGUUGGCGGUGGGGCAAUUGAAAAAGAGCCGGCGAGGAGUUCCCCGCAACUUGUCUGAACUCCGGGCUCGCGCGGAGGGCAGGAGCGGGGUGACGGCGGCUGCUGGGCGACGCGAGCGCUGGCCGGACGGUGAUCGCCUCUCCCUCCUCGGGCUGCGAGCGCGCCGGACCGAGGCCGCGACAGGAGCCGACAGCGGCGGGAACCGAGCACUUCCCUGCGCGACAGAAGCCGCCCCGAGAGCGAGCGCGACCGCCAGUCCCAGGUGGCCCGGACCGCACGCCGCGUCCCCGCGCUCCCCGCCGGCGACAGGAGACGCGCCCCGCGCAGCGCGCGCGCCGCAGCCCGGCCGGUGGUUCUACCCGCCCUCGAGGGACAAACUUUUCCCAAAGCCGAUCCCAGCCCUUGGACCAAACUUGUCGCGCGUCGCCUCCGCCGGGCGCCGUCCGCGCAGAGCGUGCACUUCUCGGGCGAGAUGUCGGAGCGCAAAGAAGGCAGAGGCAAGGGGAAGGGCAAGAAGGACCGAGGCUCCGGGAAGAAGCCCGCGCCCGCGGCGGGAGGCCAGAGCCCAGCCUUGCCUCCCCGAUUGAAAGAGAUGAAAAGUCAGGAGUCUGCAGCAGGUUCAAAACUAGUGCUUCGGUGCGAGACCAGUUCUGAAUACUCCUCUCUCAAAUUCAAAUGGUUCAAGAAUGGGAAUGAAUUAAACCGAAAGAACAAACCACAAAACAUCAAGAUACAAAAAAGGCCAGGGAAGUCAGAACUUCGCAUUAACAAAGCAUCACUGGCUGAUUCUGGAGAAUAUAUGUGCAAAGUGAUCAGCAAAUUAGGAAACGACAGUGCUUCUGCCAAUAUCACCAUUGUGGAUGCAAAUGAGAUCAUCACUGCCAUGGCAGCCUCAACUGAGACAGCGUAUGUGUCUUCAGACAUGUCCGAGGUCGCUGUUGAGAGGUCCUCCAGCCCCUCCACUCAGCUGAGUGCAGACCCAUCUCUGGAUGGGCUUCCGGCCGCAGAAGACAUGCCGGAGACCCAGACCGAAGAUGGGAGGUCCCCGAGACUCGUGGGCCUGGCGGUUCCCUGCUGUGUCUGCCUGGAAGCUGAGCGCCUGAGAGGUUGCCUCAACUCAGAGAAAAUCUGCAUCAUCCCCAUCCUGGCUUGCCUGGUCAGCCUCUGCCUCUGCAUCGCCGGCCUCAAGUGGGUGUUUGUGGACAAGAUUUUUGAGUAUGACUCUCCCACUCACCUUGACCCCGGAGGAUUAGGCCAGGACCCUAUUAUUUCUCUGGAUCCAACUGCUGCCUCAGCUGUGUGGGUAUCAUCUGAGGCAUACACCUCACCUGUCUCUAGGGCUCACUCUGAAACUGAGGUUCAAGUUACAGUGCGAGUUGACAAUGCCGCUGUGUCCUCUGAGCCUUCAGCGGUACCCACCCCGAAGAACCGUAUUUUCGCUUUUUCUUUCCUGCCAUCCACUGCUCCAUCCUUCCCUUCACCCACUCGGAGCCCUGAGGUGAGAACACCCAAGGCAGCCACUCAGCCACAAGCAACAGAAACUAAUCUCCAGACUGCUCCUAAACUCUCCACAUCUACAUCUACCACUGGGACAAGCCAUCUUGUCAAGUGUGCAGAGAAGGAGAAAACUUUCUGUGUGAAUGGAGGCGAGUGCUUCAUGGUGAAAGACCUUUCAAACCCCUCAAGAUACUUGUGCAAGUGCCCAAAUGAGUUUACUGGUGAUCGCUGCCAAAACUACGUAAUGGCCAGCUUCUACAAGCAUCUUGGGAUUGAAUUUAUGGAAGCGGAGGAGCUCUACCAGAAGAGAGUGCUUACCGUCACCGGCAUCUGCAUCGCGCUGCUCGUGGUCGGCAUCAUGUGUGUGGUGGCCUACUGCAAAACCAAGAAACAACGGAAAAAGCUUCAUGACCGGCUUCGGCAGAGUCUUCGCUCUGAACGAAACAACAUGGUGAACAUAGCCAACGGGCCCCAUCACCCCAAUCCACCCCCCGAGAACGUGCAGCUGGUGAAUCAAUACGUAUCUAAAAAUGUCAUCUCCAGUGAGCAUAUUGUCGAGAGAGAGGCGGAGACGUCUUUUUCCACCAGUCACUACACUUCCACAGUUCAUCAUUCCACUACUGUCACCCAGACUCCCAGUCACAGCUGGAGCAACGGACACACUGAAAGCAUCAUUUCAGAAAGCCACUCUGUCAUCGUGAUGUCAUCCGUAGAAAACAGUAGGCACAGCAGCCCUACUGGGGGCCCAAGAGGACGUCUUAAUGGCUUGGGAGGCCCUCGCGAGUGUAACAGCUUCCUGAGGCAUGCCAGAGAAACCCCUGACUCCUACCGAGAUUCUCCUCAUAGUGAAAGGUUUGUAUCAGCAAUGACCACCCCGGCUCGUAUGUCACCUGUAGAUUUCCACACGCCAAGCUCCCCCAAAUCGCCCCCUUCGGAAAUGUCUCCACCCGUGUCCAGCACGACGGUGUCCAUGCCCUCCAUGGCAGUCAGUCCCUUCGUGGAAGAAGAGAGACCCCUGCUUCUUGUGACACCACCAUGGCUGCGGGAGAAGGAUGACCGCCACACUCAGCAGUUCAACUCCUUCCACUGCAACCCCGCGCACGAGAGCAACAGCCCGCCCCCUAGCCCCUUGAGGAUAGUGGAGGACGAGGAGUACGAAACGACCCAGGAGUAUGAACUGGCUCAAGAGCCGGUUAAGAAACUCACCAACAGCCGGCGGGCCAAAAGAACCAAGCCCAAUGGUCACAUUGCCCACGGGUUGGAAACGGACAGUAACACAAGCGCUGAGAGCAGUAACUCAGAGAGUGAAACAGAGGAUGAAAAAGUAGGAGAAGAUACACCUUUCCUGGGCGUACAGAACCCCCUGGCAGCCGAUCUUGAGGUGACCCCCGCCUUCCACCUGGCCGACAGCAGGACUAACCCGGCAGGCCGCUUCUCUCCGCAGGAAGAAUUGCAGACCAGGCUGUCCGGGGUAAUCGCUAACCAAGACCCUAUUGCUGUAUAAAACCGAAAUAAACCCAUAGAUUUCACCUGUAAAACUUUAUUUUAUAUAAUAAAGUAUUCCACCUUAAAUUAAACAAUUUAUUUUAUUUUAGCAGUUCUGCAAAUAGAAAACAGGAAAAAAAAAUCUUUUAUAAAUUAAAUAUAUGUACGUACAAAUGUGUUAUGUGCCAUAUGUAGCAAUUUUUUACAGUAUUUCCAAACGAGAAAGAGAUCAAUGGUGCCUUUAUGUUACGUUAUGUCGAGAGCAAGUUUUGUACUGUUCCUGUGAUUGCUUUUUCACAGUAUUUCAGCAAACCCUCUCCCACCCCUGCAUAUUCCGUUUUUGCUGGCUUCUUGUGCAUUGCAUUAUGAUGUUGACUGGAUGUGUGAUUUACAGGAUUUGCAACUGUCCCUCUGUUUGCUUCAAGUAGUACUCAAUCAGUACGUCUUGCAAUGGCACAUCCACCCAAAUACUCCCCUUCUGUAUGAAAUGUUCUUUUGCUUUCAGUAUAUGAAAUGAGUUGUGUCUACUACUCUGCCAGCCAAAGGUUUGCUUCACUGGGCUCUGAGAUAAUAGUAGAUCCCGCAGCAUGCUACUAUUAAUUACAGCAGGAAACUGCAUUAAGUCAUGUUAAAUAUUAGGAAGAAAGUAAUAUUGUGAUUUUUUUUCAAAAACUGUAUGACUCAUCAGAAGACAGCUUGCUUGACAAAAGGAGCUACCAUUUACUUUAUUUGGAUUGAUUUUUUUUCUCGACCAAAAAAAAGCAAGUUUUCGGGAUAGCAAAGAAAAUGGGUUCUGGCUACCGAUCAGGGUAAAAUCCAACCCCUAAGUCGAGGACUCGGUUUCACUUUCUCUCUCUGGGGGAAUGAUACAGCGGCUCAUCUAGCUGAAGAGCAAACCAUGGCUGAAAAAGGUGCAAUCGUUCCUGACUUGUGUUUUUCACUGAUUUUGGAGCUAGUGACCGGUUGUGUCUUCUUGGCUCAAGGACAGACAUGUUAUGGCACAAAAACCCCAGCUUCAACAGCACACUCAGCAAUUUGUCUGAAAUACUUCUAGAGUGAAAUGUGCCUGCUGUAUAUACUGGUGACGUCAUCGUAGGGAAAUUCUUCUUAGAUUGUCUAGAGGAGUGAAUAUAUAGAAGACACGGGGGACAGCAGCUGUGUGACUUGGUUAGUAAUUUUUAAGUUUUUUUGACCAUUCCUUUGUCCUCAUUAUUUUUCUCUUGUUUUUCAAUGUUGCCUUGAUUAAGUCAUAACUAUGCAUGAACAUUUUUGUCAGGAAUGGCCAGUGUGCAUGUGGUUUGUGAUUAGUAAGAACCUCCUACGAGUGAUGAUUCAUCAGGAAAUGGCAAUAGUCUUGGAAAGAUUGCACCUUUCCUUGCAGAAAUGACUCCCAUCUGUGUGCUAACCUCUCUGUUUACAGCUGUAUCACCCAUUUUCCCCCUUUCUUACUUUUUGCUUUACUGUCACAAAAACAGGAGUAAGAUGGGUCUACACUUUGCACGUUCACUCGGGAUUGCCAAUCCAAGGAAAGCCUAUAGGUAGAAACAUUUGAAAUAACUGCUAAUCCAGGAAAAUAAGAGAAUUAAAAAAAAAAAAAAUCGCAGCCCCAUUUCUGUCCAAUUGGGCUGGAGCUUUACUUAGGUUCCAAGUGGCCUCCUAGGAGCCACGGAACAAAAUAGGGAACAGGUUAGCAGGGGGUUCAAAAUACCAGACAUGAAGUUCAAAAUACCAAACAUGAAGUCUUGUUUGCAGGUGAACUGAAUCUAUUUCUUCACCAAAUCUCUAUGUUAAAAUUAAAGGGAAGAAGUGACAUGCAAGGAGGUCUUAGAAGAAAAAUGCAGGCUGAGCAUGAGUCAUGUCGUUAAGCUCCUAAGUGCUUCUACAAUCCACAGAGACACCUGUCUACAGGUCCUUGAAGUUACUCUUAGUAUCUGGUAUCCCAAGCAUCCUUCAUGGUUCCAUGCCACUUGCUCUGUGCUCAGCAGUGUCCUCAUGUGCUUGUUCACCUCUCCUAAGGAGCCCCUGACAACUCUCCAGGUUGCACUGAUUUCCCAAUUCUGUAGAAUCAGUAAGCUCAUGGCAGGGGAGAGAAAGCAGUCAACGUGAAGAGGUUCUCUAAAUUACUCUAAUAUUGCCUUUGAAGACCUUGACUCAUUCUUAGACUAUUUCAAUAAAAAAAAAUUCCUACUGUAAUUAAAACUCUAAAAUUUCUGUUUCAAAUUCUUCAGGCAUUGGAGUCCCAUUCUGGAGAAUUUCAGGAAUAAAUAAAAUCUUCUGCUGAGAGCAAUGAACAACAUUUUCCUCAGUAUGAAAAAUCGCUGUAAAUUUUCAGGUUGCAAAAAUAGAUGAAAAUUGAGAGGAAAUUUUCUUUCCAACUUGGUUCUGGUCACUCACCGAGGUGGCAUAUCAGUUGGGACAGGCUUUCUGUCCAUAGAACGAGAGGUUCCCUUGAUAGGAAAGGUCAGCUGACUCCUCGGGGCUACCUGCUGUGGUCCCCAGAUUUGGGUUCGCAGGGGCAUCUCCAGGAUGUUUAAAUGCCACCAUCCCUGUUUAUAAACUCAGGAGUGCAGUGGCAAUCCAAAGGAGUGUGAACCUACGUUCCCCGCAUACGGGAAACUUUCGUGGGUCUUCAGGUAGCAGAAAUUGCCCAGAAGUUUCACGGUGACUUUGUUUCCUGGGUCUGAAAUCAUAUCCCGCUGAGGAAUAUGGAGUGGAGCAUAGUAUAUGAAAAACUCUUUUUUCUCACUCCAGAUUCCUUUACUAUCCUACUCUCCCUCCUUGCCUGGUAGGACUUUUGUUUUUGAGAGUACCUGGACAGUCUCGUGCUUUCUACAAAAUGGCACUCUGCCAGGGUAUUUAUGAAUGUGUCCCAAAGAGCAACAUGCCGUAUCUUCCUUAUUUAAGUGUGACUGUCUUGAUAUAGUUAGAGUUUAUCCAGGGUCAUUUGCUCAGUAACUUUUUUUUUUUUUUUUUUUUGGCCUGGCGUUGAAAGGUGCACGGCUCACAUUGGUGAAAAUAAGGAAGACCUAGUUUUAUCUUUUAGUCCUGGCUGCUUCCUACCAGCCACAAAGAAAGAUUUCUAUCUACAAAGACCCAUGAAACACUGCAGAGAGAUGCAGUCAAAAGGAAAUGGCCACAUAUCACAAGUUCUAUUAUAUAUUCUUUUGUAAAUACACAUUGUACAUUACUUGGAUGUUUCCCUAAAUCAUUUACUGUCUUUAUGAGUUCAUGUCAGUUUUUUUUUACUCUCUCAACUUACUAUGUAACAUUGUAAAUAACAUA